AUGUCUAUGGGUGACGCUGCGCAUGAAACACAGCUGAUCCAGCUUUGUGAUCAGCAGCGAACCGAGAUUGCAGGGCUUCUAGCACAGCUUCGAAGGGCGCCUGUUGCAUCACUGGAAACGGCAGCGGUGGAGCGUAAAGCACGUACACUUCUCGCAACAUGGCAGCAAAAAGUCGAGGAAGGUGAGGCUCUCGGCUUGCCCGGGCUUGAUGCUCAACGGAAUCUUCUAUUCCAGAUGCAACGAGCCCUCUCUGCGGUAUCAACGCAACUGCGUCGACGGCGUUUGGCCACCACUGCCGGAGCGCAACCUAGUGCCGCUCCCGUCUCAGGAGAGGAGCGUCUAGCUCUAGAACGGGAACUCCUAAUCGAACCCCAAUCGAUAACAACCCAUGACGUGCGACCAUCGAAGCCUGCCUAUGGGGAAGCGGCAACCACUCGCUCCGCUGCAUCCGACCAAACGGCUCUUGGCACGACAGAACUCUCUGCGGUGGCGAGCCAGAUUACUCGCCGCAUCCACCGUACAACUUUAUUAGCAAAUCAGGAAUUGGAGCGAUCGAAAGCAAUCUCCGAUAGCAUUACCGAGUCAUCGGCAAAUAUUCGACGAAUGGAUCAGAAGUAUGAUGAGUACCAGGGCCAAAUGGCACUCGGGAACCGACGCAUCGAGCAACUUCGCCGUGCAGAGCGCCGAAGGCGGCGGUAUGUUGCACUGGCGUUUCUUGCUCUCCUAGCCAGCGUGUGCUUUAUUGUUCUUCGUCGCCUUGGAACCGCGAAAACCUUGGGCUUGCUCUCCGUUGCUAUGAGAUUCGCGCUGUGGACCAUGCUCAAGGUUACGAACUUUCUGAUUGGUGCUGCCGGAAGACUAUGGCGCUUAAUCCAGAAACUAAUGCAGAAGCAAAUUCCACCGAUCGAUGCGGAUACUCGUUUCGUUGCUGACGAUCACGUGGACUUAGGAUUUCAUCGGAGUACCCCGGACACGCAUUGGGAUCCUCAAACUCGUCAUCCACAUCGACAGAUGCAAAUUCAGCAGCUGAAACAUCCAUUUGAAAACAGCGGUCCGGAAGAGAACCACACAUGGCCACUUGAUUGUAUCCAGGACUCGACAGAACAGUCAUUGCACUCUGGCAGCCAGGAUGUUGAACUAGGAACCUCCAACGAGAGCCCGGAAGCUGCUCAAGAGAAAUCAGUCGAGGCCGGCAGUUCUGAUGCACCACCUGAGGGGAUUGCUAGCCCGGAAACAACACCUAGUGUCGACCGGGAAGCGUAUGAGGCUUCGCGAGCUUGCAGUUCCGUGGUUGUGAACACUACAGAAUACGCUCAGAACAGCACUCGGGUUGCCGUCACACAUGAGGCAAUGCCUCCACAUGAUCCGGCGCACGUGAAGAAAGAAUUUACUCUUUUGCAAUCAUAUACUACGCAAAAGGACGACUCUAACGGACGCAAUCCAGCGACGUCCAUGGAAUCUACGGCGACUCUCCGCGUCGGUCCGAGAGCCUCUGCAAAAACGACAACUCUGUCUGUGUUAGAACGAAAAGAUCCUGGAUCGGAGCUGGAGACGCAGCACUCAUCCGAUGCGACCCAAGCGAUUGAGACGCCAGCGGUACCAUUACCAGUCGAGAAUACGGUGAUGAUGACCCGUCCGAGCUAUAGAAUGGGCAAAUCAGCUACCUCUGUGAAGCAUCAGAUUUCGCCAGAAUCCCUGGAGGGCGACGAAAUGGUCAGAAUGACGCCAAGCAAUGAAUCGUUGCUGGGGCAGCAUCCAAGCUUCACGUCCGAAGUACAGCUCAACACUAUCGCAAGUGACCAGGACACAGAGCUUCGAACGUCCUCGUCGAUAGCAUCCCAAUACAUGGACGAAGACAAGGAUGGCUUAGGCAUACAAACAAGCGAACGUGUAUAUUUAAGCAAUGAUACACAGAAGAAUUUCACGGACACGCACAGUGGUGGUAUCCAAGACCCGAAUCAUCCAACAAAGCAAGCGUUAGACACUGGGGAGUAA